UUUUUUUAUAAAUAAUUAUUAGUGAUAGAUCUUUAUAUUAAAUAAAUAGAGUAGAUAUAGAGUCUUCUAGAUAGAUCUAGACCUAAUCUAUUAAUGAAUAUUAUAAUAUUAUUAUAUAAGUGAACGAAAAGUUCAAAAGGGAAUCAAUUUACAGAUUCGGGAUAUUUAAUGAAACAGUGUUUUGUUUAUUUAUAGAUCUACAUCUAGUCUAGAUCUAGAUCUAACUUUUUAGGCAUUCGAUUCACCCCGAUUCACUGAUUAGACCAUAUAGUCUAAUUAGACCUAGAUCUACAGAUCUAUAAUAUAGACGUCUAGUUCAAGCUGAUUAAGUUAAGUUAUAAGAUUAGACAGAAAUGAUCAAUUCAAUAUCAUGAGACAUGAUGCAGCGAUCACUGUCACUCAAGUCACUGUGUCACACUGCUGUGUGAGUAGUGUGACUCACUGACUGAGUAAAGCCAGUAAAAGUAAAGACAUUUUCUUCUUUAGUAUCAACUUGUUGGAUUGGAUGAUUUCUGAUUGUGUUAAAAACAAAUUUGAUGGUUUGAAGUUUGAAGUGUUUUUCAUAGUUGACACAUUUUCUUUAUAUGUCAAAAAUACAACAAACAUUUACUGAUCUGAAAUCUACAUUAUACCAGACUAAUAAAAAAUAUUGUGUGCUUAAGCUUAGCAUCAGUGUUAUUGCUGAUAUUGACCACCUUGGUGGAAUGUGCCGCUGUUAAUGGGAUUAAGUUAUUCUGUAAUAAACAGGAGAAUGAGCGGAAGAGAUCAGGAUCAAGACCCAUCUGAACCUCAUGAUAUUCUACAGUCAGCAUCAGUUGGAGAAGAACCUGAUCUGCCUUCAAUUGUGGCAUACCUGAUUAGAAGUGGUCAGAUUCGAUUCAUCAGUCAGGAUACAGGAAAUUCAGAUGACAGUGACGCCUCAUCAGAUAAUGAGUUUACACCAUGCACCAAACCCCCUCCUGCCAUUGAGACACAGCCCAAUGUUAAAGCUCUGAAGGAAAGUGAUAUCUAUUCCUCCAUAAUGCAGUCAUCUGGAAGAUGGACCAAUAAACUUUGGACCAAACAGUACAAAAGCAUAACUAUACCUAAUUUUAUUGCACAGAGAGAACUAGGUAUGAAAUCUCAGCAGCAGUUUACCCAUGGAGACAUGUGUGUUUUAAACUCAAAGUUUUUGCCCAACAGAUUACGCAAGAUUGUUAAUUAUCAUCAUAAAAAAGCUUUUUGUGGUAUUUACUCAGAAGAUGGGAAUGUUUUUCUUUCUGCAUGUCAAGAUCAGAAUAUCCGUGUCUACAAUACCAGCAAUGAAGAAUUUAAAUUGAUCAAGUCUAUCAGAGCUAGAGAUGUAGGUUGGAGUGUAUUGGAUACAGCUUUCAGCCCUGAUGGUAGAUAUGCAGCUUAUUCAAGCUGGUCUGAUUGCAUUCACCUGUGCAGUAUAUAUGGUGAUCAUGAUGUCCAUGAGGCCUUGCACUUUGACCCUGGAGAUCACAGCUUCUGUAUCUUUUCCCUCAUGUUUUCCUCUGAUAACAAAGAGAUAUUAGGAGGAGCCAAUGAUGGGAACUUGUAUGUAUAUGACUUAGAGUCCAACAAAAGAACACUGAAGAUUGAUGCACAUGAUGAUGAUGUCAACACAGUCAGGUUUGCUGAUGAAAGUUCACAGAUUUUAUACAGUGGUGGAGAUGAUGGUUUGUGUAAGGUGUGGGAUAGGCGAACACUUAGGGAAGAGAGGCCAGUACCUGUAGGGACACUUGCUGGGCAUUGUGAUGGAAUCACCUACAUUGAUUCAAAGGGUGAUGCUAGAUUUUUUGUGUCCAAUUCAAAAGACCAGACUCUAAAAUUGUGGGAUAUUAGAUGUUUUUCUGACCAGACAGGCAUUGAGGAGACCAAAAAAGUAGUUUCAUCACAGCGUUGGGACUACCGUUGGCAGCAGGUUCCCAGAAGAAUGGCUAAGAAACGUGACCUUAAAGGAGAUUCCUCUGUGAUGACCUAUCGUGGUCACUGUAUACUGCAUACAUUAAUUAGAUGCAAGUUUUCUCCAGAGGCAAGUACAGGUCAGCGAUAUGUAUAUACAGGCUGUGCAACAGGAAGUGUUGUUGUGUAUGAUAUUCUGUCUGGGAAAAUAGUACGCAAGUUGGAAGGCCAUUCUUCUUGUGUUCGUGAUGUUUCAUGGCAUCCCUACAAGAACACCAUCAUUAGUACUUCAUGGGAUGGUACUUUAGGCAUGUCAGAUUUCUGUGAUUAUAAUGCACAAGACAUGGAGCCAGAUGAAGAAGAGGUAACCAUAUUGUCUAGAGACAGUCCAAGAUUUGCGACUAAACGUCAGCGCAUUAAAAGAACUAGAGAGACUGCUUUUCCAGGACUUUAUGAUUGAAAAAAAAGGUUAAUGUACAAAGUAACAUAAUCAGUUACAUCUGUGUUAAACACCAAGAGCUUAUGGUGUAAAUAUUUACAAGAUAUCCAGGAUGACUGGCUAUUUUUGUAUUCCUCAAAUAACAUUCAUACAUAUGCAAUUUUUAUCUAGUACUGUUUGUCAUGAGAUUAAUGUAAAGUUGACCCUUUAUUUUUUGUCUUGCAUCUCUAUAAAUCUGAACAGGGAUUAGUUAACUGCUAAUUUUAGACAUUGAUGAUUGUAACAGUUGGACAUUUGAAAUCUACAUUUUUUUUUCACUUCAGGUUAAAGGAUCUAGGUCUAAUCUUGGAGGUGACUGAAUGAAACAUUAUUAUUGAUUUUUACUAUUGUAUAUAAACAAAAUUCAUGCAGUGAACAAUUAAAAUGCCAAGCAUGAAAUAAUUGUUCUAAGCGAAAAUUAAUUUGGGAAAUAUGGGUAUAUUUGUCUUUCAGUGAAUGUACUAAAGUUGUUUUUUUUUAUAAUCAAUCUUAUCUUGUAUCAUUUGUUUAUUUCUUUCUAUUUUGUUGGUUAUAGCCUUGUUUUUCUUCUAAGUUAGAGUAGUAACAAAAAUAUCAAGAAUAUAUAUUGAUAACUAUCUUACAAUCUCCAAUUCAAUAUACAGUCUGUGCCUUUUUGUAUCUAGUGGUAUGUGUAAUAUUAAUGUAGAUUAACAUAGACUAAUGAAUUUGCAAGAAAAUCAUAAAUAAUACAUUUUUUUCUCAAAAGGUUACAUGAACAUCCUUGUAUAAGGCAUAUUGAAUAAUAAUUCAUUAUAAGUUUAGUGGUAAGAUGUAUAUUUGUAAAUAAAUUAUAAUAUACAUCUUGUUGUAUUAUUACUGUGUAAAAUGUUGACCACAUUGUUAAAAUUUUUUUUUUUGUUGAAUUGAUUUCUGACUCUGUUAAAAGUUCUGUUUUGUGUCCUGUGCAUCAUCUUUGUUAAUUGUUAAGUGCCUUGAAUCCCCAAUAAUAUCCUCAUGUGUUAAAACAGUUUUUAUUUGAGAUGUAAAAGCUUAGGGAGUAAAAUUCACUUUGAGAAAAUGGCUGAUUGGUGUGCUUGUGCACUGUCUGCUUUUACUCAUCUUAGUCAGAAGCAGUAACCCAUUUGAAACUAUGAACUCCCAGUCUCCACCAUAUCUUCAACCUCUAGAUCUUUGGACCAUGUUAUCUCAAGUAGUAAAAUUGUAUUGACAGUUCUAACAUUGUUAACAUAUAGUGAAAGAACUCAAUACUGUGGUUUCUCAUGAGCAGAACAUUGUUUUCACAUCAACCAUCUUCUAAUUCACAAAAUUGUUUCCUCAAUAAAAGUUAUAUUAAAAAAGGGUUAAAACUAAUAGUAAAUUUUAUCUUUUUUUUACAUAAGAAAGAUGAACACCUUAAUAUAAAUUUUUAACUUUUGCUUUUAGCAAACCAGUAAUAGCCUACACUAAUCAAGAGCAGUAUAUCUAUAAAAGAUAGUUUGUUUUGUCUUUGCUUUUUUUUUAAUCAAUAUUUCUGUAAUAGAUAAGUCUUGAUUUUUUUUUAAAUUGUUGGUGAAAGAUGUAUAGAUGUUUUUCCACCACAUUGCAUUUGGGAUUCUUUUCACCACAAGUUCAAUAAGUCAAUAGAUAGUAAGAAAUUAUUGUACAGAUAAAAAAAAGUACAUUGUAACUUCUUUGAUUAAUAAGAUUGCAGAAAGCAGCACAUUUUUUAUUUUAUUGAAUUCUUGUGUACAAUCUAAUUCAUUCUUAUUUGAAUACCCAAUAACUUGUUUUAUAACCUAAACUUAAUGAUAGAAUUAAAUAUCUACCGUGACAAUAUAUUUUGAACCACAUAUCUUGUUCAUUUAUUCGUAUGCGACUUGGAGAGGAAAUAUAUUUCAAAAAAAAAAAAUCAUACUCAUUAGCCCUGUUCACUAAAGAGUUGUAAGUUGAGCCAGUGUUGUAUUCAAACUUAGUUUGUUAUUAUCUUGUAAAAACUUUUUCUUCCUCCUUAGUUGUGCUGCUACUUGCUAUAUUAUAAGAGUUGUUUUAAUGUUUCUUUUUAAUACACUGAAACUGUUGGGAGUGUGAUUACAAAAAGUUUGUGUGGUGGAUAAAGAAAGUAAAACUAUUUUAUUUUCUUUUUGAAUGUGUUUUCAUUAUUUAGUCAGAAAAGGUUGUUGUUGUUUUUUUGUUGAAUAUGAUUUUAUAUUUAGGAUCUCAGAAUCAAUAAGGUUAAAUUUUUUUUUUGUAUGAUGUAUCUUUAGAGUCAUUAAAUUCAAAAGGUUCUAAAUUUUCUUUUGGAACAUGUACAAUGCAUCUUUUAUUUACAGGUUGGCCUCCUCACUCAGUUUCUAUUUUUGUGGACAAGAAUUGUAUAGUUAUGUCUUGUUCAUGUGAAUGUCGUUUGCUCUUGUUUGAAAUAUGAAACAUUGUAUUAAAUGUUAUUUGAGAAACAA